AUGAACGAGCUCUCGAAACACUUGGUUCCUUUUCAAAAGAGUAACCGCCGUGUGGUAUGGCCGCUGACCAAGCCACCGACUAGCUGUUGCUGUCACGCGACACAUUCACGCGCGCAGUAUGACAAUUAUUUGUUCUUGUCUCGACACUUUGACAUGGAAGACCGAAUCGACUCCAGCCUUGAUCGAAAUCCUUCGAGACAUGUGCGGUACCUGGGCUUCUCUCGAGUCGCCAAGCUAUUGAACAUUAUGGGCACGACAGCCUUACAGACGAAUGAGUUUUGGCGUUCAGGUUUCCAUUGCCGACGAUCCAAUGUCGUGAAUGUGCUUAAUCAGUGCACAUGUUGA